UAAAUUGCAAGUAUUUCAAACUGCUACUCUAGAAUGCAAUCACACUAGAUGCAAUUUGAAUUGAAUUAGCUGAAUUAUAUGCCAAACCAGAAUAAUUCUUAAAGCGUUGUUUUGGAUUUAACAUAUUGGGUUAUAUAGUUUGUCAAAAAUAUAAGUUUUUGCCCUCAAUGAAAACCUUCCAAAGUUACCACUUUUUUUCGAUAAAGAUAAUCAACAGGUGCAGCAUAUUCAUACUGAUAUAAAUUUAUUUAAAUAGUUCAUCCAAGAUAGUUCCUGAAAUUUUAAAGCCUUCACAAAUAUCAUUGCAAUUCUGUAAGGAUUAUUUGGCUAUCGAACUGCACCACAAUCAUUCAAUUUGCUUGAAAGUAUUAAAGAAUCUCAGACUUAAAAUCUGUAGUUGCUACAACAUAGCUAUUCGAAAGAAUCGAUGA